AUGUUCUCCAACGGUAAAUCCAUCCCAUGUGUUGGUGUCUCCUUUGGUGUUGAAAGAUUAUUCUCCAUCAUUAAAAACAGAGCCAACUUGGAAAACAUCAGUGCCAACCACACCGAUGUCUACGUCAUGGCUUUCGGUGGUGGUGAAGGCUGGAACGGGUUCUUAAAAGAAAGAAUGGAAAUCACAAACAAGUUAUGGAAAGCCGGUAUCAAUGCCGAAUACUUGUACAAAAACAAAGCCAACAUCCGUAAACAAUUUGAUGCUGCCGAAAAAGCCGGCGCCAAAUUGGCCGUUAUCCUUGGUAAAGAAGAAUACCCACAAGGUCAAAUCAGAAUCAAGGUCUUGGGUCAAGGUGAAGAAAACGAAGGUGAGUUGGUUGAAACCGAAGAGUUGGUUGCUGCCGUUCAAAGCAAGCUCGAUGUAGAGGUCGAUGACAUCGCUCGUAUUAUCAAGGGCAUAUAG